AUGCUCGCCCACAGCUUCGCCAAAGUCACCCGUUCGUUCGCAGCUCCGCGCACUACUCGGGCUCUCUCUAUGCUGGAUCGCUUUACAUCGUCCCCAGAGCCUGAGACUGUGAGCGACAUCUGGCGCUCAGUGGGUGCAGUGUGCUUUGACGUUGACAGUACCGUGUGCGAGGACGAGGGCAUCGACGUGCUUGCGGAGCACUGUGGUGCUGGGAAAGCUGUCCAAGAGUGGACCAUUAAGGCCAUGAACGGAGACGUCAAGUUUGAAGACGCACUUGCGGCUCGUCUGGACAUCAUCAAGCCGUCCAGACAGGACAUUCAGGACUGCUUGACUCAGCACCCACCCAAGUUCACGCCGGGCAUCAAGAAACUCAUAGCAGUGUUGCGGGAAAAGGACAUCGCUGUGUUUCUCGUGUCGGGUGGCUUUCGCCUCAUGAUUGAGCCCGUGGCUGAGAAGAUUGGCAUUCCUCUCUACAAUAUCUACGCCAACACCAUCUUCUUCGAUCGCGAUGGAAAGUACAAUGGUUUCGAUGAUGCCGAGCUCACGGCGCGCGACGGAGGGAAGGCUAAGGCCAUUGAAGUCAUCAAGCGGAUUCAUGGCUACAAGAAGAUUGCCAUGGUCGGUGACGGUGUGACGGAUCUCCAGGCGCGCCCGCCUGCCGAUCUCUUUGUCGGAUUCGGCGGCAUUGUCACCCGUGAUGUCGUCAAGGAAGGUGCGGAUCUGUUUGUUUCGGAUUUCAACCACUUGGCCAAGCUACUGCAGUAG